AUGAAAAUCGCAAAAUACAUUUUCGCUGGUCUAUUUAUCGUGGCUGCAAUUCUGGUCGUGAUUGCACCGGUCGGGCCGAUGCCAGGUUUUUUCAUCGGUGGCACGCCUACACCGGCCCCUGCGCAAUGGAUGGAUACAUCUGAAACCCACGAAAUCAAACUGCGCAUACCAGGGUCUAUUCCGCGCGUUGUGAUUAUCUGGGUCAUUCAGCAUGACGGAGAAUUGCAUGUUGUCGGCGCCAGGGACAGCGGUUGGGUCGAGAUGAUCGGGCAAGGCAGCCCCGUAGAAAUGCGAUUAGGCGAGCGCACCUACGCGCUCAACGCAACCCUGCUGAGCGGUGGCUGGGAGCCUGUUCUGAAUGCCUAUGUAGAUAAGUACCGGCCCGAUUAUCCAGAGAUCGUGGAUGGCUUCCCGCCCAUUGAAGAAGCACAGGAUUCAAUUGCGGGCAGUUUUGAUCCGAAGAUCAAAACUUACAUGCUCCUCCAGUUUCUUUUCGUUCUAGUGAUCACUCUGUUUGGCAUCCUGCUCAUACCUCUGGUCUUGUGGGCGAUUAACAAGCACUUCAAUGCGCUGUCAUGCGAGAUGACCGAAAAAUUUCUCAAGGUCCGCAAGGGCGUGCUGGUGAAAACAGAGAAAAAUGUCCCGCUGGAACAAAUUACUGAUCUGGGCAUCGUUGAGGGGCCACUGAUGCGUUACCUCGGCAUCAAACAGCUUUCAGUGGAAACAGCCGGGCAGUCUUCAACUGGCCCACUGGUUAAAUUGUUAGGUGUCAUCGAUGCAGAAUCUUUUCGAGAUCAGGUGCUGCAACAACGGGACAAACUGAGAAAGACGGUACAUUCAGAUACACCACUUGGCGCAUCUGCAGAAGACGAGACCCAGCUGCAGAUACUGGCGGCAGAUAUUUCCGUGACCAUGAAUGGCGCACCCGGAGAGGUCGCGGUACUGGUUUAUGUUGAUGAGAACGAAAACGGCCUCAUCGACAAAAACUUCAUCGGCAUCCCUAAAGAGCCCCUGGGCAUUUCAAACAACUACCGUCCGAAAGGACCACCGUCAUUUGAUCGCGCCAAACUCAACAUCGCUGAGAAUGAAACAACAGACAUCGAUAUUGAGAUUUACAAAGUACUGGGCGAGCGCGGGCGUAUUGGUGUUGGUGUUGGCGUCAUCGGGCGAAGCAGUCCGUACGUAGGAUCCGAUACUACUGUUCUGAACCCGAUUCCAGCGAUUACCUACAACGGCGAGCGUCUGCAGUGGCUGGGCCCCAACGUACAGUACGGCAUACUGGGUACCGGGCGUUGGCGUCUUGCUGCGUCCGCCUCUUAUCGUAUUGGGGUUUUUGAGGAAGACGAUAGUCCAGCGCUUGCCGGCAUGGGGGAUCGUGACAACACCCUUAUGGCUGGCAUUGGGUUGCGCUACGAGCUGCCUGGGGGUGUAAACCUAUCCAUGCAAUACGAACAUGAUGUGCUCGAUAAAAUCGGCGGCGGCAGUGCAACGGCGCGCGUCUCCAAAGGCUUUCAGACAGGCUGGUUGCGUCUUGUCCCCCAGCUGCAGGUGAAUUGGCUCAGUGAUGAACUCACCAAUUACGAUUUUGGUGUAACCGCGCGCGCUGCCACACUCACACGCCCGGCAUACAACACAGGCAGUUCAGUCAGCUACGAAUUAGGAUUUGGUACCUUUAUUGAGCUCACUGAAGAAUGGCGCAUUGUGGUGAACGUAGCUGCUGAGUUUCUGCCUGACAGAAUUACCGACAGCCCUAUCGUUGCCGACGAUCAUGUGAUCAAAGGCUUCGCCGCCAUUACUUACGUAUUCUGUGGUUGCGCGGGCAUUCCCGAGGGCGCCACUGCGGUGACCGGGUUUGAGCUCGAUCGUUAUCUCGGCCAAUGGUAUGAAGUUGCCCGGCUCGAUCAUCGCUUCGAGCGGGGCUUAUCGAACGUGACCGCAACCUACAGCAUGCGUAAAGAUGGCGGGGUAAGUGUCCUCAACCGUGGCUACAAAGUCGACAAAGGUGAGUGGCAAGAGGCCACCGGCAAAGCUUACUUUGUUGGCAAAACAGACGUCGGCCAACUGAAAGUUUCAUUUUUUGGCCCUUUUUACGGCGGCUACAACAUCAUUGAGUUAGACAAAGAUGCCUAUCAGUACGCAUUAGUUGCCGGGCCGGAUCGGGGGUACCUGUGGAUUCUAUCCCGUUCCCCCCAACUCGACCCAACAACCCUGUCAGCACUUAUUAACAAAGCCGACAACCUCGACUUUCCAACCGACCAGCUGAUUUACGUCGAUCACACAGCACCGCGCAAUUCUAGCGGCCAGGUUGAAAAGUAA